AUGGAGUCUCUGCCCACUGAGCUUCUCAUCUCCAUAGGAGAGUGCGUCAGCUACAAAGCCGGUCAACAUGUGGAAACCUUGUGCUCUCUGGCCCAGUGCUCCCGGCGAUUCCAUGCAAUCUAUCAACCUUUGAUUUACCGUCACAUAUCACCUACGAGCUACUGGUCUAUUCACACCAUUCAUCUGAUCCAACGAAUGUGGAGAGACCCAGAUUUGGCGGCUCAGGUGCGCCAUCUAGAUUUUGGUUCGAUGAUCGAAGGCGAUGUAUUACAAGAGUAUCCUGACAUCUUCGAUGUGACUUCAGCUACCUCUUUCAUCGAUGCGGCACUGGAGGAGAUAUUUGAACCAGGGGAAAUGAGAUCUAAGUUGAUGUGGCGAUAUCGUUUGCUUAGGCCGUCUAAAGAGGCUUGGCUGAGCUUGCUUCUUGUGCGCUUGACACACCUACAAUCAAUCAAGUUCGCCCACCCAUGGUCCGUCCUUUUGACAGAGUUAUUGUGCAAGGCAGCACGGCGACAACGACCGUUCCAUCGAAACACGCCAUUCCCAUGUCUCGAAACCGUUAAAGCUGAUGUUAUAAGGGAUGACCAUCGUUCAAUCAACGCGGAUAUUGAUUCGCUGUUCCUUAUGCCUUUCUUCUUUUUCCCAGCGGUGCGAAAGAUCAUCGGCAGGCCAGUCCCCGACUAUUGGUACAUCUCCCAAGGUGAACUACCAUUCGUUGAUGUCCGCACAUAUGAUGACCUCCUAUCUUUUAAUGUCAAUCAUUCGAGUCGCCCUGUUCGAGAGAUCACCAUCACAGGGGCAUGGUGGGGUCACGGUAUGGUCAAGUGGCUCGCAGCAUGCAAGAACCUUGAGCACCUCAGAAUCCAGUUCUUUUUUGCCGGGGAUGCUUGGCAUUAUUCAGAUGAUGUAGAUGAUGCAAAGCUCAAUUCCCGAAAAUUCAGAAGGGCCCUUCUCCCGUUCGUCGGAACACUGAAAACUCUGGACAUUGAGGUCACAACCCAACUUGACGAUGAUCUUUACACAAUCAUGGAUGAUGCUGGAACCUUUGGGUCUCUCAAAGAGUUUACUGUCCUUGAGAAACUCCGGAUAACCCCCUAUCUUCUUGCACGGAUAUCCACCGUCGAUUCAGCUCCCUUCAUGAUGAGAAACUGGCUGGCCGAUAGAUUUCCCUCCUCGCUCAAAGACUUGGAGAUUCUGGCCGUCACCGCGGAUCUUUAUCACGGUCUCAUUUUCGAAGUCAUGCUACUGAUCGCGGACCGGGCGUCUAUGCCACAGCUGGAACGGGUUAGGGUUCAAUUGACACUGCACCCGGACGGGGAGCAUCAAAAUCUGCUGAUCCCAUGGUGUAUCGACAUUUCCGUGGAGAGACUUGUACCCAUGGGGUCAGAUGAUGAUGCAAGAGAGCAAAUCAACACAGCCGUGAAAGUGGAGAUGACGAGUAAAUUACCAGCGGCAUUACGGUCUUCAAAUCCCGACGAAAUAUCCAGUGCAAAAGAGCUCGUGCAUGUCAUCCGGAUGCUAUUGAACAAGGCGGGCCUGAAAGAUAAUGGGGUCUGCCAUUUCCACAAGUGGAAAGAACUUCAUGAAAUGGAGUCGGAGACCCCCUCUCCCCGGACCCCUCCCUUUUAUUGA